AUGUCACUUUUCAAGAAAGAAGUCGAUCGAUUGACAAAUGCGGGUAUUUGGAAACCUGUGAAGUUUUCCCAAUGGGCUUCGCCUAUUGUACUAGCGCCAAAAGCUGAUGGUUCCAUAAGAAUUUGUGGAGAUUUUAAACAAGCAGUCAAUGCGCAAAUUGACAUUGAACAAUAUCCUUUGCCCAUACGCGAAAGUCUUUUCCAUAAAAUUAAUUGCGGUCAACAUUUUACAAAAAUCGACCUUAAGGACGCGUAUUUACAAAUGGAACUUGACGAUGAAGCAAAAACAAUAAUGGUUGUCAACACUCCACUUGGGUUAUUCCAAUACCAACGUUUACCGUUUGGGAUUGCAAGCGCUCCAGCUAUAUUCCAAAGAUAUCUUGAGCAGUUACUUCAAGGCGUAGAAGGUUGUGGAAAUUAUCUCGAUGACAUCAUCAUCUCCGCACCUACAUUUCAACAACACAUCAGCCGCCUAGAACAAGUACUUCAUAAAAUCGAAUAUCUCGGGCGUCAAAUUAGUGCAAAAGGUAUAUUGCCAGAUGAGUCAGGACUAAAAGCAGUCAAAAACCUGCAGCCGCCUAAAGAUCUAAAGCAAGCAGAAGCAUUCAUGGGUAAGGUAAACUAUUACCAUAAUUUUAUACCUAAUUUUUCGCAAUUAUCCGCUCCAAUCAACAUGCUGCGCCGAAAAAAUGUAAAAUUCACAUGGGGUACAGCACAACAACAAGCAUUUACAGCUCUUAAAACGCAUAUUCUCAAUGCAGCGCAAUUAGCACAUUAUCAGGAAGAUUUACCGUUGGUUCUAGCUACAGAUGCCUCCUCCUAUGGCAUAGGAGUCGUGCUCUCGCAUACGUACGUUGACGGUACAGAAAGGCCUAUUGCUUUUGCAUCUAAAACUCUCGACAUUCAUCAACGACGAUAUAGUCAGAUAGAGAAGGAAGGGCUAGCUAUCGUUUUUGGAGUCAAGCGUUUCCAUCAAUAUUUAUACGGAAGAAGAUUCACCUUGGUUACUGACCACAAACCUCUUGUUAGCAUUUUUAAUCCAAUUCAUCAGUUGCCGUCGAUGACGUCACAUCGUUUACAGCGAUGGGCUAUUAUACUAAUGGCUUAUCAGUAUGAUGUUCGGUAUCGUAAAACUACUGAGCAUGGAAAUGCCGAUGCUUUAUCUCGUUUACCUGUUGGUGAAGACAAAACUUUUGAUCAUGAAGAAUCCUGUUUCAACAUCAAUGAACUUAACACACCUAUCGACGCUGAAAUAAUUCGUCAGCAUGCCAAAAAUGACCCAAUUCUUCGCCGAGUUUAUUUUCUCGUUACAAACGGUUGGCCUGAAAAGCUAAUGCCUCAAGAUGCUGAUCUUCGAUCAUUUUUCAAUCAUCGCUUUGCUUUAAUACUUAACAACGAUUUGCUUUGCCUCCAGACGGAGUACAACCGGGUUGUCAUUCCAGCCUCCCUUAAGCAGAAAAUUCUUAAACUUCUUCAUGAUGGUCAUUGGGGAGUAUCGAGAAUGAAACAGCUAGCUCGACAACAUGUCUGGUGGACUAAUAUUGACAAAGACAUCGCACAAUUAACUGAAAAUUGUGAUGUGUGCAAAAUUGCAAAUCCUGUUCACGCACGUGAAUACGUAAGCUGGCCUGAAGCUGAUCGACCUUGGGAGAGAGUACAUAUCGACUUUGCUGGUCCAUUUUGUAAUUCAAUGUGGCUAAUUUGUGUCGACGCUUUCUCACAAUUUCCGUUCGUUGUACAACUAUCUACAACAACAACGGUUGACACCAUAUCAGCAUUGUCUUCUAUAUUUUCUCUGGAAGGUAUACCAGGAACCAUCGUAAGUGACAAUGGUCCGCAAUUUACAGCUGAAGCAUUCAAACAUUUUUGCUCAAAACUUGGCAUCAAACAUAUAACAACAGCGCCGUUUCAUCCAGCCUCAAACGGGUUAGCCGAACGAUUCGUCAGAUCUUUUAAAACUGCUGUUAAGAAAAACAUUGACGAUGGAUUGUCUCUCAAAUUCGCUGUAUCAAAAUAUCUUGCAACAUAUCGUGCAAUGCCGAAUGCUGAGGGUAAAUCACCUGCAGAACUUUUACAUGGAAGGCCUGUUCGUACCUUGUUGAGUCAACUGUUUGAAUCGCCUAGGAAGCACCUUGAAGCUUCGAAACGGAAAAUGAAAUUUAGUCUAAAGCAACCCGUCUUCGCUCGAAACUACGCAAGAGGGGAAAAAUGGAUAAAAGGAGUUAUUGUGAAACAACUUGGUAAAAUGGUUUACCGAGUGAACACAUCUUUUGGUUACAUCAAACGUCAUGUUAAUCAGCUUAAAACUAGAAGUAGCUCUGACCUCUCUUCACAACCAAUUUUUGAAUUCGCUCCAAAUUUCAUCAAUGCCACACCGCCUUCAUCUAGCCAAUCAACAUUAAUGCCUAGUGAAGAACGUUCUACCGAAGUAGUUCAACUUCGAAAAAGUGGUCGUAUUCGGAAGGAU